AUGAUGGAUAUUGGAAAGAUCAACCGAAUUCUGAUUGGGCACGAUAACGUGGGUCUGCGGUCCGGCUGGUUCCUGGCCAGUGUCCAGAUCACAGUUCCAGUCCAGGGAAGGCAGUACAUGUUCCCCUGCAACCGGUGGCUUGACAAGGAUGAGGCCGAUGGCAGGGUGGAGGUGGAGGUCUACCCAAGUGAGAUUUUGCCUAUUGAGAAAUUGAUAAACUAUGAGGUGUCUGUAGUCACUGGAGACGUGCGAGCCGCAGGCACCAAUGCCAAAGUCUUCAUGCAGAUUUAUGGUGAGACUGGCAAAACGGAAUUGAUCAUCUUGGAAAACAGAUCCAACAACUUUGAAAGGGGAGCCACAGAUAUCUUCAAGAGAGAGGCUGCAGAUGUUGGCAAGAUUUACAAGAUCCGGAUAGGCCACGACGGGACAGGCAUUGGGGAUGGCUGGUUCCUGGAGAGCGUCACGCUGAAGCGCCUGGCCACCAAAACAAAGGGGUCGGAUGAAAGCACGAAGAAGAAGAAGAAGUCUGAUGAGAAGGAAGAGGAGGAGAACAAGGAGGAAGAAGGAAUGGAUGUCUAUACGUUUGUGGCACACCGCUGGCUGGCUAAGGAUGAAGGGGACAAGGAGCUCGUGGUGGAGCUGGUGCCUGAUGGAGAAUCUGACCUGGAGGAAAAUACGUAUGAAGUCCACGUCCUCACUGGGACUGUGUGGGGGGCUGGAACAGAUGCUAAUGUCUUCCUGAGCAUCUAUGGCAUGGAAAGAGGAGACACGGGUGAGCGCCAGCUGAAAAGGUCAAAUAACCUCAACAAGUUUGAGAAAGGACAGGUAGAUGUGUUCACCAUCAAAGCCAUUGACCUGGGCGAACUGAAGAAGCUGCGGAUCCGCCACGAUAACUCUGGUUCCAGGCCCAGCUGGUUCCUGGAGAGGGUGGAGAUUAUUGACCUCAAAGAGAGCACCACGUAUUACUUUCCAUGCCAGCGGUGGUUGGCAGUGGAGGAAGAUGAUGGUCAGAUUGCCAGGGAGCUGGUCCCAGUGGAUGAAGCAUUUGUGAAGAAAGAUUCAGAAAAUGAGGGCCAGUCUCCUGCAACUUUGGGCCUGGAACAGAAAGCUAAAUCCACGACAUACUCAGUGAAAGUGAAAACGGGGGACAAGAAAAAUGCCGGGACAGAUGCCAACGUUUUCAUCAUACUCUAUGGAAGUAAAGACGAUACAGGGAUAGUCAGCCUAAAGGCCUCAAAGUUUAACAAGAACAAAUUUGAGCGUGGGAAGGUAGAUGAGUUUACAGUGGAGUCUGUGGACAUUGGAGACCUGAAAAAAAUCAAGAUAGGCCAUGACAAUAAAGUUGUUCCUUACGAGAUCACAGUGUACACCAGUGAUAUUUUUGGAGCUGGCACGGAUGCAGAUGUCUUCAUUGUUCUUUAUGGAAGUGAUGGGGUUUGCACUCAGCAAAAAUCCCUGUGCCUCAACAAGAGAGAGCAAAGGAUGUAUUUUGAAAGGAACUCAGUGAAUCAGUUCAUCGUGGAGCUGGAGGACGUUGGUGACAUUAUAGAAAAGAUUCGCAUAGGACACAAGGGCGGAGGGCUGAACUCGGGGUGGCACUUGGACCGUGUGACGAUCCGGAGGCUGCUGCCAAACGGGAAGGGCUCGGAAACUGUCACAUUUCCAUGUGAGAGAUGGCUUGCAAAGUCUGAAGAUGAUGGUGAGACUGUCAGAGAACUGGUGCCAUCUGAUAUUUUUACUGAAAAGCUCAUGAAGGAUGGGACACUCAAGCAGAUAGAGGAAGAAGUUGAAGAACCUUUAGAAGUUCACACCUACAAGAUCAGUGUGUUCACUGGGGAUAUCUAUGGUGCUGGGACUGAUGCCAAUGUCUUCCUAAAUAUCUACGGAGACAUGGGGGACAUGGGAGAGAGAAAACUCAGCAAAUCUGAAACAAACUUCAACAAGUUUGAAAGAGGACAGGAGGACACGUUCACAAUACAGGCUGUGGACCUUGGCAUUAUAUACAAGAUCAAGAUUCGCCACGACAAUAGCAUGUUCAGCCCUGACUGGUUUCUGGAAAAAGUGGAGAUCCUGGAUGAAACCACAGAGGAAUCGUUCGUUUUCCUAUGCGAGCGCUGGCUCUCUAAAAAGAAAGAGGACAAAAAGAUAGAGCGGACACUUUAUGAACAGAGCUACAACGGCGAGCGGAACAGCCUGGACGGCUCCUCUCUCAGUGUGUCCAGCCAGGACAGCAAUGCCAACCAGAAGGAGCCCAAAAAAUCCAGCCUGGUCAAGGCAGCAGAGGAAGGCUCACUGAUCCCGUACCACAUCACCGUCACGACGGGCACGGAGUACGACUCCAGCACCGACAGCCGCGUGUUCAUCAUCAUCAUGGGCCCGCAGAAGGUGCAGACUGAGAGGCUGUGGCUGGAUCUCCCAGAAGGAAAGGAUGAAUUUGCAGAUGGCUCUGUGGAGAAAUUUUCAGUUUGGGGCCUAGACGUUGGGGAGAUCAAAAAAGUGGAGGUGGGGCACGACGGCGCUACCCCUGAGAGCUGCUGGAUGAUGGAAGAGCUCACCAUCGUCGUGCCCACCAAAGGCGUCAUGUACAACUUUGUCUGCAAGUGCUGGCUGGCCAGAGACAAAGGGGACGGGCUCACUUCACGGAUCCUCAACAUCCUGGAUGCAGAAUGUGUUAACAUUGGCAUCAAGAUCCUCUACGAAGUCACGGUUGUGACCGGAGACAUCGAAGGCGGCGGCACCGAUGCCAAUAUUUUCAUGACUGUCUUUGGAUCCAAUGGGAACACUGAGGAGCUGCUGCUGGAAAAAAAUGGGGACAGGUUUGAGCGGGGCCAGGAGGACAGUUUCAUCAUGGAGAUCGCCGACAUCGCGCCCCUGAGGAAGAUGAGGAUCCGGACGGACGGGAAGGGGACGCGCCCGCACUGGUUCAUGGAAAGGAUCACCCUGAAGAACCUUACUAACCAAGAAGUGGCCACAUUUACCUAUGGGGAUUGGCUGUCCAAGCUGAAAAAUGCCACAGGAAGCCUGGAGUGCGAGAUGCCAGCUGUCAUAAACGACGAGCAGAUGAUGGAGGACACCACAUACACUCUUCAGGUUAAAACCAGUGACAUUGGAGGAGCAGGCACCGACGCCAACGUGUCCUUGAUCCUCUUUGGGGAGUAUGGGGACAGUGGCACCCUGCCUCUGAAGGAGUCCAACAAGUCCAACAAGUUCGAGAGGAACCAGAUGGAUGAAUUCAGCUUCUCUGAAAUGCUGAGCCUGGGAGACCUCUGCAAAGUGAGGAUCUGGCAUGACAACAAAGGAAUUGCCCCAGGCUGGCACUUGGAAUAUAUUGAUGUGAUGGACUCUGCCAUGGACAAGACGUUUCGGUUCCAGUGCGAUCGCUGGCUGGCUAAGGGUGAAGAUGAUGGGCAGCUCAUCAGGGAGCUGGCCUGUGCCAAUAAUGACAUCCUGGAACUGAAGGAACGGACUGCCUAUGAGAUUGUCACAGUAACCAGCGACAGAGAGGAUGCCGAUACAAAGGAAAACAUCUGGAUCAUCCUGGAAGGGAAGAUGGGCCGCUCGAAGGAAUUCCUCAUGGAAAACUCUUCCAAGAAAAGGAGGUUUGAAAGGGGAGCAACUGACACAUUCCAGUUUUCUUCAAAGAACGUUGGUGAUAUUGCAGCCAUCUGUGUUGGUCACUGCCCAAAGGAUGGGAAGAAGUCAUCUGCAAAAGCUGAUGUCUUCUGGCAUGUCCAGGAGAUCACUGUGACAGAGAUGGAGCUUUGCAACAAGUACUACUUCAGGUGCAACGCGAAGAUCCCUCUGCGCUACAAGCGGCGAGACUACAAAGUCUUCGAGUGUGCCAAGGUCACCGAGAGCUUUGCCAGCAAAGCCCGGAGCCUGGUGCCAGUGAAAUACGAGACCAUCGUGGUCACGGGCUUCGAGAAGGGCGCGGGCACCGACGCCAACGUGUUCAUCACCAUCUACGGCCUGAACGGCGACUCGGGGCGGCGCGCGCUGAGGCAGAAGUUCAGGAACCUCUUUGAGCGAGGCAAAACCAACAGGUUUUACCUGGAAACGCUGGACAUGGGGGAACUGAAGAAGGUGAAGAUUGAGCACGACAACAGCGGGCUGGCUCCGGGCUGGCUGGUGGAGAGGGUGGAGAUCACCAACUCGGCCACUGGCGUCACCACCAUAUUUCCCUGUGGGAAGUGGCUGGAUGAAAACCGAGGGGAUGGGUUAAUCUGUAGGGAUCUUUUUCCUAGGUACUGAGGAGGGUUUUGGUCCCUUCUGUAUGCAUUUUUUUUUCUCAUUAUACUGUUUUAUAUUGCCUUUUUAAUACACUGCCUUUUGUAUUGAGAGAUUUUUAGUAGCA